AUGGAUGAAGCAACACGUAACAAGAUUCUGAAGAGCUACCAAACGCAGGUGGCCUCGGCGACUUCGACUAUCUGCGCGACCCUCGCUGUGACGCCGCUGGAGAAUGUGAAGACUCGCAUGCAGACCCAUAAUUUCCGCAACGUGGCUCAGUGCGUCCGCUACCUGUGGCGUACCGAAGGACCCCGCGGUUAUGUUGCUGGAGCCUUGCCGCCUCUGGCCAGCGUCACCGCGGUCCGCGUGCUCAACUUUUCAACUUACAGCAUGGCCAAACACCGUAUCUCGGAUUUCGUUGAGAGAAUGACGGGUGAAUCACCUCUGGCAAUCUACGAGCAGCCCGGCAGCAGUCCCACUCUGUCGGGUCUGGCCACCUUUACCGCCGCCGGUCUCUUUGCUGGCUUGGUCGCCGCGCCGCUUGCCUGCCCCUUUGAGCUGGCCAAGAACGUGGUUCAGACCUCGGUGCUGGUGUCCAACCGCGCCCAGGCGUCUCCCAACGCAAUCAACGACCCUUCGCUGCGCAACAAGCCUCGCCUCAACACCGCUGAAGCGAUCAAGCAGAUCGUCAAGAGAUACGGCAUCCGCGGCUUAUACACCGGCUUCCACCUUCACGCCAUGCGCGACACCCUUGGCUCCGGCUUGUACUUUACCGUGUACGAGACCGUCAAGCAGGUCGCUGCAAAGGAACUGGGUACCGAAAAGUCGCCUUUCGGAGCGCCUAUGAUUGCUGGUGCCAUCUGCAGCACGGUCCCCUGGUUCUGCACUUACCCGCUGGAUACUCGUAAGACCCGCGCUCAGAGUGUGUUGCUGGGCAAGACCAAGGAGGUUGGCGAGGCCGUGACCGCGGUUGCGAAGUCUAGCAUGUACAAGGGACUGUCGAUCAUCCUCAUCCGCACUGGUGUGAACAACAUGAUUCUCUUGAGUAUGUUCGAAUACAUCAAGAUGCGCAUUGACGAGCUGGAGUAG